CACUUGUGCAUUCAACUGUGUAGUUAGUUACAUACAGAAAAAAUAACCAACAUGAAAUUUUUGGUAUUCAUCGUCGCCGUCUGGGCAGUUGCCUCAGCUGAAGACAAGAAAGAAAAACGAGGCCUCCUAGGGCUCGGCUACGGCCACGGUGCCAUCGCAGAGCCUUUGAGCUACGGCUACGGCCCAUCUCUCCCUCUUGCUGGACACGGCAUCGCCCUAUCCGCUCCCAUUUCUGCCCCACUGGUGAAGACGAUCUCUGCUCCCCUCGCUUACUCUGCCCCAGCUGUUUCAUACUCCGCCCCUGCCAUUUCAUAUUCUGCUCCCGCCAUUUCCUACUCUGCCCCGCUUUUGGCCAAGUCCUACGCCGCUCCAAUCGCCGCCCCAGUCGCUGCGCCUCUUUUCGCUAAGAGCAUCGCCGCUCCCAUCUCCUAUUCCGCUCCUUUGAUUACGAAGAGUUAUGCCGCUCCUGCUUAUUUAUCUUCCCCCGUCAUCAAAUCCUACGCCGCUCCUGCCAUAGCGGCGCCCAUUUCUCUGGGACAUGGUUUGGGAUACUCCGACCUUUCACUUGGGCUUGGAUAUGGAAAGUACCUUCAUUAGAGGUCGAGAAACCUAGUGAUGUAUUUAUAAGCCCUUCA